AUGGUCGAAAAAUUCGCAGUCCCAGAGAUCUCGAUAAAGGAUCUCCUUAAUGCGAUUCCCGCUGACUGCUUUAAAAGAUCCUCAUUUAAAUCAUCCUUAUACGUCGUACAAGACGUUAUCUUGAGUUAUUUACUUAUAAAAGGAUCUUUCUAUAUCCCAGUCUUAUCUCAAACUGAUAACCACUAUCUAUCACUCGCUAUUUCCUCUUCUUUGUGGGCCCUCUUUUGGUUCGCGCAAGGUUUAGUUUGGACCGGUAUCUGGGUUAUCGCACACGAAUGCGGUCAUCAAGCCUACUCAACAUCAAAAACUGUAAACAACACCGUCGGAUUUGUCUUACAUUCAUUCUUAUUGGUCCCAUAUCAUAGCUGGAGAAUCAGUCACGGAAAGCACCACGCAGCCACUGGACACAUGAGCAGAGAUCAAGUCUUCGUACCAAAGACACGCUCUCAAAGAAAGGGUCCAAAGAUUGACUACGAGGAUGCUGAUGAAAAGGUUCUCGCAGGUGUCGAUGUACCAGAACACGAGCAAUUAAAGGUCUCAGAGUUGUUAGAAGAUGCACCAUUAGCUACGUUCGUCAAUGUUCUUUUACAGCAACUCUUAGGUUGGCCAAUGUAUUUGAUUAGAAACGCUUCUGGACAGCGUCAUUAUCCUAGAGGCACAAAUCACUUCAACCCAUCAGCUAUCAUUUUUGAUGCUCGCCACUUUGGCCAAAUCGUUUUGUCAGACUUGGGCGUUGGCUUAAUGCUCGGCGCUCUCUACUACUGGGGCAAGCAAAGAGGAUUUGCUGAGGUUGUGAACUAUUAUGUCAUUCCAUAUCUUUGGGUAAACAACUGGCUUGUUUGCAUCACUUUCCUCCAACACACUGAUCCUUCAUUACCACACUAUAGAGAAGGUAUGUGGAAUUUCCAAAGAGGUGCACUCUGCACUAUCGACCGUACUUUCAUGGGUCCAAUCGGAAAGCACAUAUUACACGGUAUUUGUGAGACUCAUGUUGCGCACCACAUAUCGUCAAAGAUUCCCCACUACAAUGCUUGGAAGGCUACUGACGCUUUAAAGGCCUACCUCGGUCCACAUUAUCACUACUGUGGUGAUAACGUUAUUGUUUCACUCUUCAAGAAUUAUCGUAACUGUGUAUUUGUUGAAGACAAGGGUGAUAUCGUCUUUUACAAGGACGCUAGAGGUAGAGCUAGCCGCGUCGCAGACACUAAGCCAAACCAAGGAUUCUCGGAUUCAGGCAUUGAAGUACAGUAG